AUGGAUCGCCAUUACGUUUUCGCGUUUGCAGCUCCGGAGCCAAAACGUGUGUGUUUGCUUGUGACGAAAAAUCGAAAAAUUUUAACCCGCACCCAUCUGGACCAGGUCAGAAAUAGUAACCUUUGGUUGCGGAAUCUUUGAUACAACUUGUGCUAGUGAAUUUUAUCGGAAUGCUCUCCGUUCCGUUGAGUAUAAAGUGAAUGUUUGAUAAGGUGUUCGGAAAUUUUGCUUAGCUCGUCGGUGCGGUUUUCAGCAGGCCUUUUCCACCCGACAGCGGUGUUUGUGAAGAACAGUAGGUUGUGGAAGGCAUUUGCGGGGAGAAGAAUAGUUACGUACGGUCACGGUUUUUUUCCGAUUGGAAAAAGAACUGAGGAACAGAGCUUCUGCUUCUAAUUUACGGUGUCGGAAAUAGAAAGAUCUAAAAAAGUACUGUGUCUAGAAGGUAAUAGCGAAACGGAAACAGCAGCUGAAAAUAUUGGAUUUUGAGUUGGCUGUUUUUGUUGGUGUGUGUGUGAAUGUGAUUCUGCGUCCCCAGAAUAGAGGCGAUAAAUUGAAGCGCUAGCGCUACGUGAACAAGUAUACAAGUAGCAUUGCGUUGUUUCUGCAGAAUCAUCCAGGAUUUCAUCAUAAUACUCGACGUUUCUGCAAACCGAGCAAAACAAAAGAACAAAAAAAAAACAGCUCAUAUUGAUUGUGUAAAUUCACAAUAUUGUAAACAAAAUUUAACUAUACUGUAAGUGGUACGAAAAUAAAAAAGUUUUUCAGGGAAUGUUUCAAGUGUGAUUCUUUUGUUGAUAGUCGUUUUAGUCCUGCACUCCGCAUGCACGAAAACCGUAAAGAAAUCCGAUAGUUCUUAGAGAGUAUAUCUUACUCUCAAAAGCUGCAAGUUUUGGAGUAGAACUGGAGAUAAAGUGAGAGAUCCCAACUAUGGACGAUGAAGAAGAUCCGACAGCGACUCCAACAAUCAGCUCAGAUGAAAACAUUACGAAGCCGGUUUCGACAUCUUCCUCACAGUCAUCAUGUUCAACCGAAAUCAAUGUAAGCGAAAAUUGUAAUGAAGUAGACCCUGCUACAAUAAACCCUAACCAAACUAGUAACGAACCUGAAAAGAAUGUAUCUCCUCUACACAUUCAACCUACUGAUAGCAACAGAAGUCCCCAGUUUGAUCGAAAGUCCCUAGCGAGGGAGGAAAAUGUCAUUGAGGCUACUGUAGAUACACACCCCGAAAAACGACCGCUAGAACAAAAGGAUGAACUAGCGGAUAGCACUACAAAUACAGAUGAAGAAACGACAAAAUGCGAUGAAUUGGUUCCCGAGCAGGAACUGUUACCAGUGCAGGACACAGGUACUUCUGGAGAUAAUUCUCUACUACUAGAAAUAAGUAAGAGUAAUGAAGAGGAGAGUAAAGAGCAGACGAUAAAACAUAAAUCAAAUGGAAAUUUAUCAGCGGAACGAAUUAAAACAGGGAACAGCAAUUCUGUAAGUUGUCUUGACAAAAGCCUGGAAGGUAGUACACAGGAUUUAUCUCAAGAAAGUAAUGAAGUUGAUUCACCGCGAACAAACGAUUACGAUGACGAUAAACAUGAUUCUGAAAUGGAAGUACCGUUCAGUGAGAAGCACCACAACAUGAUGGACGAAGAAAGAGAGCACAUUGGUGAGGGUGAACAUCAGUUCGAUGAAAAUUCGGCGAAUGAGACAGAAUGUCACAUAGGAAAACAAGAUACAAUGUUGGAUUACUCUAGCGACGAGAAGCACAGUGACAACAAGCAACCGGACACAUUCGAAAUCAAGAAUAAUUGCACAACAACGGAACUACACGUAAAUGGAGAAGUUUCAAACGACGCGGGGCACACAUCCGAUGAAAUCAUGGAAGAUAUCAAUACAAUGUCACUCAAACGACCGCGCUCUGUGAGCCCUGCGUACUCGAACAAGAGUGAUAUUCAGGAACCUUCCAAUAAGCUACUGAAGAAGACAGAUGAGACGUCACUCCUCGGUACGGAAACUUCUGAUGUAGUGCAUCGCACAGAUCCGGAAACUGUUCAGCAAAUUCGGUGCAGUACAGAGUUGAUCGAAAGCAAUGAACGUUUAAACCAAUCGAUUGAUUCGGGAAAAUCUUCUUUAGAAGACAGCAAUGAACCGGAGGAAGAAGCGGCUCCUUCGCCCAGUACGGAAAGUGUGUUGUCACAAGUGAAAUCACAACCCGAUUUACCAUCGGCGAUAGAAAGUACAAUUGAGGACGAUGAUUUGGAUGAUGACAAAUCGAGCACUUCGAGUUCAUCUAGUUCAUCAAGUUCUAGUUCGGAUUCCGAUAGCUCCGAUGAUGAAGUCAAGGAAGAUGAGGGAGGCGAAGCUGGAGAGGAUAAAUCGGACAUUCAAGUACAGAACAAGUUACCGCUGGAGGAACUGGAGCAAACUACUUCCGAACAAAUACCACUGGCUCCGCAAGAGAGUGAUUGUAAUAAUAUUGCAUCAACGGAAGCUGAGCCAGAUGACGAUAGAAGUCGGUCUCGAUUGAACUUGGACGAAUCGUGUUCCCUUAGUUCUGGAGAAUACGAGGAACCGGAAGAUGAACUGGAAGAAGCUGCUGAAAAUGAAAACGGUGCAAAAAUUACAAAAAGCGAAGGGCUGAAACUGUCGAUUUCGCUAAAACGGCCCGUAGUGGAAGGCAAUUCUACCCCUUUGAUGGAUGAACGCUUGCCACCAGUCGUUGUACCUAUGCCAGUGGAUUUUAGUAACUUUUUAAAUUUAGAUAAGAUAUUCGGUGAGCGAUCAGAGCUUAUAAAAAUCGAUUACAAUAGUAAACCUCCAGUGCACAACAUUAGCGAUCAGGUACAAGAAAUGGAAACAAAUAUACAUACCGCGGAAACCAUUCCAGCUGCAAGCUACAGUUUACUGGGUAACCAACUUAAAACCAACUACGUUGGUAUCAAUUCCGCGGAUUUCGUAGGAGACGAAUCGUCAGAUACAUUAGAUGAAGACAAUAGGCUGGUGAUUGCUGAGAAGCAACGACGAGGAAAGAAAAAAGACAAUUCUCCCACCAAGCAGCCACAUAUGCAGUUACAGGAGCCCUGGAAUCCGAUCGGUUAUCAACUGCCAGUGAUACGACCUGGAACGGCAACUAAAAGUACUGCUAAACGAUCAUAUCAACAACGGCCGCAACAAUCGCUUAUGAAAACGAUGCUCGCAAGCAGUAAAAUUUCACAACCGCAUUUACCUAUACCUCCUGCACUUCCCCCACAAACAGUGUCCGACCAGCAAACUCCACUACAGCAGCCAGUUGCUCCUCAUCAACCGGAGAAGAAAAAAGACAAGAAAAAGGUUUUUCUAUGCUCACCCUGCGGGAUCCAUUUCGAAAAUUGGAACUUGUUCAAGCACAUGCGUGAAGUGCACAAGAAAUACAUCUGCUUGUACUGUUUGGGGAUAUUCCAAUCCGCCGAGAGACUGGUCACACAUCUGGAUGCUAAACAUCAGGUGCGAAGGAAGCAUUUUGCUACUAUUCAUGAGUACCAGCAGCAGCAAACCAUGGACAUUGGUAAAGCACUCUAUCUUAUGUGCGCUCGAUGUGAGCACAUAUUCGAGAAGACCUCACCAGGUGAUGAACAGUCUAUUGUGCAACACGAUUGUGCUAAUUAUUUAGACAAAUGUAACAACUGCGGCGGCCUGAAACAAUCCAAACAUAAGUGUGAAAAGAAGGUGAACCUGCUGGCAAGUACUCAUAACGCCGGCAACAAUAUUAGUUCGGUUGGCAAUAUGAAUAGUAGCGUUAAACUUAACAUUAACAACUACGAUAAUAGAACUAGUGGUAGUUCGACGGCUGUGAUGUUUAAUUAUGAUAAUCAACCGAAUAGUAACGCUAACCACAAUAAGCAGAAUCAGAUGAAUGUGUUUACCGGUCACCCGACGCAUCAGAGUAAUCGGAAACCUCCUAGCAAGAAAGCAAGAAUCAACCAGAAGCAACCACUGGUAGAUUUAAAUGCAAAACUUUUGCAUCCAUCCAGUGAUCAGCAAGCAGAACCAACUCAUGGAAUGGAACUCAUGGACCGGAACUUUAUCAGUCCCAUUCUUCAGUCUAGAUUGAUGAAACCUCUCGAUUCGAUCACUACGCUUUCUUGUCCAACCGAACUGUUUCAACCGCAAUCCAGUUUACAAAAAUCACUGGAUCACCAUCCGUCGAAGCAGUGGCAAGACAAAACAAAAAUUCCUAAGCUUAGUUUCAAUCAAACCACGACGAUUUCCACCAUACCCGCUAGUUUACUGAACGUGACCGAAACCCCUACGGAGCUCCCACCAGUACCGGAGUUGCCGCCCCAUGAUGAAAUAGUUUCGCGACCCCCUUUGGUGCCGAAGCUCAAAGUAAAGAUUCCGAAGCAGUUCUGUACCCCCAUUGAAAGCGAAGACUCCACCACGGAGAGCGAUGGCAACGAGGUGGACGAUGACGACGACGACGACGACGACGAAGUCAACGAAGAAGAGGAUAGUGGAGAGACCGAAGUGGAACAGACUCCGAUUCUGGCAGAGAAUUCGUUGCAGCAAGCACCGGUAGAACAUCCUAAGGACGCAGGAACUUCAACAAACCGCCGUGUGGAAGAUGACGUUAAACUAGAUCCUGUCGAAAUGGACAUUGAGGAAGAAGGUGAAAGACAGCCUGUAAAUUUGCCACCGGAAAUGGGUCCUGCUCCGAUGCCACUGCAACAUCGAACGGAGAGCGACAAUUUCGACUUGUCGCAAUCGAAGACCGUGGAUGAAAUUCAGCAAUCCGCGUCAUCUGUUCAAAAUCAUUUAAGUUUAGCAGAACCAACGGAUUCUGAAUCGGCAGUGAAACAUGAAUCUCCUUCGGAUGGCAUCGUUAUAGCAGAUGAAGAUUCCCAGUUGUUUGAACUAACGCUGGACGAACCGUUAGAUAAGAUUCAUAUACGAGACUUUGUUAAAAUAUGUCUUCGAUCUACUAUUCCUUUCUGUUUAUACUGCAAUCACGCGAGGCGGAUUGCUGUCAAUGGAAAAUAUCUUGCCUUGCAUUUGAUAGCAACUCACCGUUUUCAAGCGACCGUGAACAGUAUAACGGCCGAGGAAUUAUUGCCGGCAACGAUAGUAUUGCGAUUUAAAUCCAGUUUGGAAGAGUUGGAAUCGUUGUUCUUCAACUUGGAAACGUUCGAUAGCAGUUGGACAGCGGAACAGAAAGCAGUGACAUACGCAAAGCAAUUCGAGUGUUUCCAGUGUCGUUUCAUAACAACAAUUCACAAGGAACUGUACCUGCACAAUCGGAAAAUGCAUCAGAAGUCAGUGCUAAUUUGUUUGAUGUGUCGCGCUAAUUUCUUCAGUUACAGUGAGCUACUCUGUCAUAUGUGUCCGGGAGCACCGAAUCAGUUGGGUAUUCUCGAUUACACGUUCCGUUGCAGUCUGUGUAGUAUUGACGGAAUUCCGUCCGCUUUCCGAUUGAUGGUACAUUUGAGAAAACGACAUUUCGCGUGCGAUGUAUGUUUGGAACAAUGCGCAGAGCAGGGUGCGUUGUCGAAUCACGUGUGGAAACAUAAGUUGCAUCAUCUUUGCUACCGAUGCGGAAUCGCGUACCGGAACAAAGCAGACAUUCUCAAACACCUAUUCUGGAAGCAUGGAACCGAGGGAGUUAUGUGUAAACGAUGUUUGCAAAAGAAAUGGCCCCAUGUCUAUCAUUUCUGUGUACCACCGGCACAGUUUAUAUGCGAUGUAUGUCAAAUGGGUUUCCGAAAAUCGCUGGCCCUGAAGGUGCAUCAGAGGUUACACAAUGGAGAGGAAAAAUAUCCGUGCACUGAAGAUGGGUGUGAAAAGAAGUUUAUUUCUAAAAAGUUACUAUUGAAACAUGUGCAGCGACAUUACGAACCAGUACCACCGCCACUUUUGUCGCCUAAAGUUAGUGAUCCAACACCGGAACCGGAAUCAGUUCCAAAACCGAAGAUUGAAGUACAGGAAAAUCCUGUCGCAGACACUACACCGUUGAACGAUGAACCUAGCAGUGGCAGGGUGAAAAUGGAAGUUAAAGAAGAAAAGAAUGAUGCGGAACUGAAGGAAUCUGCAAUUACUCCAAGGAAAAAAAAGAAGAAGCGGUCCAAAGACGAUAACGAAAAACCGUUAACUGAUUUGAUUAAUCUGCCAGCUUUGAAUCUCUCGGAAAGCGAUAGUAGCGACAACUCGGAUGCAGAAAAUUCUAACUCGAGCAGUAAGAAAUUCACAUCAGCGUUAGCAACUCUCAGUGAGACUUCGGACGAUGAAGGUAUUUUGACUUUGAAAAAGGAAGAAUCGAAAGCGGCGGAAGCUACUGAAAAUCAAACACAGUCUGGUACGGAUCAGGUUUUAGUUAUUUGGAAUAAUUUGAAAAAUAGUCAAGCCAGCAUAACUAGUAGGAGGUCGUCACUGGUUGAAGACAUAGGCGAGGAACAGUUCAUUGAGAAAUUACUUAAAACAAAAAUCUUACACGUUUCCCAAUCGGAUCACGACUACUGUCGCAUGAUGAAAAAAGUUUACCCCCAGGUAAAAGCGGAAGCGGCCUGCGAAACAAUUGUCAUCGAUGACGAUGGGAACUUGGAAAGUGUGAAAAAACAGGAGUCGCUUCUGAAAACUUCUGUUCAGGGCGGUCAUUCGAAGAAACAGAAAUCUCCGCGGAAACGAAAGCCAUCUAAAAGUGGUUCGGAUUCAUCUUCCAGUGGCAGUGGAAGUGAUUCGGACUCCAGCUGCGAAUGUGGUUCCAACUGUAGCUGUAGUUCAAGUAGUUCUGGAAGCAGUAGCUCGUCUUCGAAUGAUUCAGACACGUCGGAUGAAAAUGCUGCCAAAAAUAAAAUUAAAGAAGUUGCGGAUAGGCUUGGAGAAGUGAAGGAAGAACAACAGAAAGCAGAGGAACCACCGGAUGAAACCGUGAAACCAACUGAACCCAUAGAUCCUGAUACUAUCAUACAUGAAUCCGAUUUAGAGACAGAUGAGUCAGAUACGGAUGAGGAGUUUUACGAUGAUCACCCACAGAAACUAGCUAAUCAAAUGCUUGCCGAAAAGAGAAGACAGCUUCUACAACAGACUUGUAUGAGUCCAAUGAACAGUUACGGCAUAGUUGAGAAUAGUCGGCCAUCCACACCGUCUCUGCCACCGGAAGAAUUGGAUGUGAAGAAAAAAGUAAAGCUAAAGAAGAGAAAGCGCGAACGGAAGAUCUCCAAAAAAACGUCACCGCAGAUGGCUCCGAAAUCCCAGGUGAACAUUCCUCCUCAGCUGAAUUUAAAUCAAGUCGAUCAGUUUCCAUCUCGUCCAAUGCAUCAAGCACCGCCACUGAGCGCACCGCCUAUGUUCCAUCCGUUGGAAAGUCCUAAAAUUACAUCAUCGGACCAUUCUGCUCCCAGCACACCGUCAGUUGUUUCAGGCUUAAAGUCUUCUUCCAAGAUUUUAUCUCCACGCCUCAGCACAGGACACAGUUCGGAGUCGGACGCUCCACUGAAACGAUCUCAACGAAGUCGUAAACCGAACAAAUUUUACGGUUAUACCAGUGACGACGAACUACCAUCUGCACAAACGCCGCUGUCUUCAAAGAAUCCCGAAAAGUCAAUCCUUUCCGUUAUGAAACCAACACCUCCUCCCAAUUUAGUUUGGAGCAAAGAUGAUCUACCGUCUCCGCCGAUAGUGAAAAGUAGAACUCCCAAGCUCAAGCAAUCAGAACAUCAUACCCCGGUUACCAGUCGUGUACUGCCUCCUGUAAUCACUCCAGUUCAACAGCCUCCCCAAGUUGUAACCACACGCAUCCCUCAAGCUCCUGUGCACCACAUACAUGCGAGUCCGAUAGGUACUCCACAUCAAGCCGACGCCGACAGUGAUUCCAGUCAGGAAGGCGUUCUACAAAUAAGCCAGAAAUCGUUAAAUGCUACUACCCCACACCGGCCGUUGCCACCGCUACCAAAGUUGAAACUGUCCAUUUCCAAGAAAACACCCGCUCGAGGGACCCAGAAAAAAACACCAGGAUCACGAAAACGAGCGGCUACCAAAUCGAAAACCCCUAAAUCAGCGCCGCCAACUAUGCCAGCAGUCACCGCUCGGGCGCUUACUUCGGAUUUAGCCAAACCAGCAAUAGUCACCGCUCCGCCUUUCGAGCCACCAAUUGUGGACACGAGAAUACCGAAGGUCCCACCGCUGGGAUCGUUCCCUAGUAUUACCACAGAGUUCUUCCCACCCAACCAGAUUCGCAUACCUGCCGGAUGGCGUCCUCCACGCGAAGGUGAAUCCGUCUACUGCUACUGUCGCUGCCCGUAUGAUGAGGUGUCAGAAAUGAUCGCCUGCGACGGGGACAAUUGCCGCAUCGAAUGGUUCCACUUUGAGUGCGUCGGGAUAAUAAUGCCCCCGAAAGGCAAAUGGUUUUGUCCGGAGUGUAAAAUGAAACAGCAAGGAAGCGGUACCGAACCAACGCCCUUCUCCAUUGGGACGGGAUCAUCAACGGCUGCGAUUAUACCAGCGGCCGCUACCCUCGGCGGUGGUUCCACUCGCAUGAUGCAAUGAAAAAGGUUUCAUUUUCACCAUAGUUAAAACAAAUGUUACGAAAUGUGUACGCAGUGGAGCUUGCUUCAAGUCGAAGAAACGUUUAAUUUUUUUCGGAUAUAAUGUACCAUUUGACUUAGAUGCCCUGGUCGAUUGUUUUAAACACUGUAAUUCGAUGCGGGGGAAAUACUGCGUAAGAAAACCGGAAGAUUUGUGUUGUGUGCAAAAUUAUAAGAACCUUUCUUGAAAUGGAUAUACUUUUACUUCGAAGGUAGCUGUUCUUGUCGAUUCGAGCUCAUUAUGUGGGUUGAUGUUCUGCUGGUGUUUUAUAAUGAAUACAAUAAAAUUGAUAUAUAUUCUGAUAACACAAUUGUGUUACCUAAGUCGAGUCAGUCACCAUUGAGCAAAUGCAAAGCAAAGGCAGACAAAUUUUAAUUUGUUCGAGCUGGACAGGAGAACUACAAAACAAUAUCCUUAUGACCCAGUAGUAAUGAUAUGCGAACAUAAAUAUGAACAGAAUAUGUUAAAAUAUAACAUAUAAAUAUUGCGAAUCGAAAGAUUAUCUGGGCUGUAGAAAGAUAAAUCUAAACCUUAGUUUGAAAACGCUUAUUUUACAACAACGCGGUAGAUAGUUUGUCAUCCUAUUUUUCACAAGAUAGAUAGAAGUGUAAAAAAUAGAAUUAGUCAUUGCCCUACGGGCAACUUUACAUAAAUGAUAUAAUCCAAGUUUCGUAUAUUUGUAGAGUUUUUACAAAUAAUUUUCGUAGGGUUUUUUUGAUUGCCAGGACACAUGAAAUAUUGUUCAUUUGAGCAACACGAGCAUACAGCUCUCAACAUUUACAUAGUGAACCAAUGAAUGCAAACUACACACGCUUGAGAUGAAAAGUUUAUGAAACUUUUUUCUCGUCAACAUUAUUUUACGAAAAUUAUUAUAACGCAGAUACCAGAAUUUUGUGGAAAUGGAAAAUUACUGGGAGUCCGCCCAACGAAGUUCAUAUCAGUCAUUAUCGAACGAGAACAAUUAGGUGUUGAAUCGGUGGAACCUAUCAUUGGAAGUUUUCUUUGGCAUAUAUAAAAAAAACAGAACUUCGGCUAUUCUGGCAGAUACCUGAGACAGGUGAUAUAAAAUGUUAUUGAAAAUGUAAACAACAAAAGUAUGUUAAGGCAAAUGAACUGCUGACUGUAAAAAUAAAUAAAUAAAUACUAGAACGUAUGUAAAAUUAUUGAGGAAACAGUGUCGAUCUCACACGGCACUCAGUAUGAUAAUGUAAACAUUACUGCAAAUUCUGCAACAAUAUACCAACACUGAUUAAUGUUGAUACUGAGAAAAUAAUGACUAUGGCAUUCUU